GUGAAAAUAGGAGGGGAGGUGGGAGUGGGUUGUUUUGGGUCGAAAGGAGGGGGAAUUCUUGUCUUGUCAUUCCGCUCACCUUCCCUCCGCUUCGUCCUUACCCACGGUGCUUUGUUUACUUGCACUAUGAAGCAGUUAUAUCUGUGACAGCUGUCACACGUCACGAUAAACUACAAAUAUGGCCGAACACGACCUUUGUCCCCACCUGGACAGCAUUGGGGAGGUAACCAAAGACGACCUCCUUCAAAAAUCCAAGGGGACCUGUCAAUCCUGUGGUGUUUCUGGUCCCAACCUGUGGGCAUGUCUUGAGAAUGACUGCCAAUAUGUUGGUUGUGGAGAGUCCUACUCAGAUCACAGUACUCUGCAUGCUCAGGCCGUGAAGCACAACCUGACGGUCAACUUGACCACGUUCAGGAUCUGGUGCUACGUAUGCGAGCGGGAAGUCUUUCUGGAAUGCCAGAUCCCGCUGGCCUCUGUUCCAGUGCCCGCCGUCCCCCACCGACAGCACUGCUUCACUCCGGAACAGGAAGAGAUGCUGCUGGGUCACCCGCUAAAAGCGGUGCCGAUCGCCAUGGGUGAAGAAGAAGGCUCCGAGUCUGAGGAGGACGAGCUUAAACCCAGAGGUUUAACAGGAAUGAAAAACAUUGGCAACUCCUGCUACAUGAACGCUGCUCUUCAAGCUCUCUCCAACUGUCCUCCUCUCACUCAGUACUUCCUGGACUGCGCCGGUCUGGUUCGCACUGACAAGAAGCCGGCUUUGUGCAAGAGCUACCAAAAACUCAUCACAGAGCUCUGGCAUAAGAAACGGCCCAGCUAUGUCGUCCCUACCACUCUGUCCCACGGCAUCAAGCUGCUGAACCCCAUGUUUCGUGGCUAUGCUCAGCAGGACACUCAGGAGUUCCUGCGUUGCCUGAUGGACCAGCUCCACGAAGAGCUGAAGGAGCCACUGACGGAGUGUGGCGGCAGCAUCAGCAGCGAAAGCAGCGACGGCGAGGAGCGUCUGGACGGCGAACGCUCAUCUGCCGAGGACGACUUCCUCUCCUGCGACUCGGGCUCCAACAGCGACCGCGGCGAAGCAGGCAUCGGCGGCGGCGAGACGCCCGUGCCGGACGAGCGUGACUGUAUCGGGAUGACGGGGGACCAUCCCAUCGAGAUCUCCGAGAAGGAACGGCUGAAGGAGAAGCGGGUGUCCGGCUCGCCCCUCCGCGGGACCUCGCGGGACGUUGACGAGGACGCCGACGUUGAUACGGCGGUUCCUGGGAGAGCUGAGGAAGAAGAAGUCGUGGAGGAGGAUUCCCGACGCCAGGAGAACAACCGAGAAAUUGAAGCAAACAACAUCUCACAGCCCAACAACGAAGUGACCGUGCCCCGCCCGCAUUCCACCCCUUGCAGUCCUGUGAGAAACCUCCAAGAACUUCACUCUAAACUCUCAUCUGCUCCGUUGCGCUCCAGUCCGCUACGCUCCUCGUAUCCGUUCAAAAAAGCUCAGCUAGUUCUUGCCUCAAAAAAGAAGAAGCAGUCGCACUAUCGCAGCGUCAUUUCCGACAUCUUUGACGGCUCCAUCCUCAGCUUGGUCCAGUGUCUGACUUGCGACAGGGUGUCGACCACCGUGGAGACCUUUCAAGACUUGUCCUUGCCUAUUCCCGGGAAAGAGGACUUGGCCAAGCUCCAUUCCUCCAUUCACCAGAACCUGCCGGUCAAGACCAGCGUGUGCGCCGAGACGUACGGCUCGCAGGGUUGGCUCACUUUCAUUGUGGACUCCAUCCGGCGCUUCGUGGUCUCGUGUAUACCCAGCUGGUUCUGGGGGCCAAUGGUGACCUUGGAGGACUGCCUCGCUGCCUUUUUUGCUGCCGACGAACUCAAAGGAGAUAACAUGUACAGCUGUGAAAGAUGUAAAAAGUUGAGAAACGGUGUCAAAUAUUGCAAAGUGCUCCGACUUCCAGAGAUUCUGUGCAUUCACCUGAAGCGCUUUCGACAUGAGGUAAUGUACUCGUUCAAGAUCAGUAGCCACGUCUCUUUCCCGCUGGAAGGCCUGGACAUGCGGCCUUUCCUGGCCAAAGACAGCCCGUCCCAAGUCACCACGUACGAUUUGCUCUCCGUCAUCUGUCACCACGGCACCGCCGGAAGUGGACACUAUAUAGCGUACUGCCAGAACGUCAUCAACGGUCAGUGGUACGAAUUUGAUGACCAGUAUGUCACAGAGGUCCACGAGACGGUGGUUCAGAACGCAGAAGCCUAUGUGCUCUUUUACAGGAAAAGCAGCGAGGAGUCGGUGAGGGAGCGUCAGAAGGUGGUGGCUCUGGCUAGCGCCAAGGAACCGAGCCUUCUCCAGUUUUACAUUUCGCGAGAGUGGCUCAACAAGUUUAACACUUUCACAGAACCGGGCCCCAUUGCAAACCACACCUUCCUUUGUCACCACGGAGGCAUCCCUCCUAAUAAAUAUCACUACAUCGACGACCUGGUCGUUAUUGUACCGCAGAAUGUGUGGGAGUACCUUUACAACAGUUUCGGAGGCGGUCCGGCAGUCAACCACCUGUACGUGUGCGCCAUUUGCCAGGUGGAAAUUGAGGCGCUCGCUAAGCGCAGGAAGACUGAGAUUGACACCUUCAUUAAGCUGAACAAAGAGUUUCAGGCCGAAGAGGCUCCGAGCGUCAUCCUGUGUAUCAGCAUGCAGUGGUUCCGCGAAUGGGAGAGUUUUGUCAAAGGCAAAGAUAAUGAGCCUCCCGGUCCCAUUGACAACAGUAAGAUCGGCGUGAUGAAGGGGGGCCACGUUCAGCUCAAGCAAGGCGCAGACUACGGUCAGAUAUCCGAGGAGACGUGGCAGUACUUGUUAGGAAUUUACGGCGGUGGUCCCGAGAUUGCCGUGAGACAGACGGUGGUUCCGGCCGACCCCGACGGAGAGAGGAAGAUCGAAGCCGAGACCAGAGCACUCUGAUGUCACGCCAGCCCACCGCUGAAAACACUAAAUGCUGACAUCGGCGUUUAAGAUCCCAGGGUGACGGCUGUUGCUGCCAUUUCAACAGCUGGGGCUUCAUUCCUCCUCUUCUCUUCCUGCCUCCCACGCAACUGAAGAAUUUUGCACCUGAAUGAAAAUGAAGAUGAGCCGUGAGUAGAUUGUAAAAGUGCAGGACGGUAUCUUUUUUUUUGUUGUUGUUUCUUCGCCAUUUUAUUGCUGUAAAUCGAAGAGAUGUAUGCGAUUUUGUAUGUUGCUUGUUUACAACCGGCGGCGCAAACUGCUACCACUGUACCAUCAGUCAAACGCACGUACAUAUGCACGCCAGGGAUAUAAAAUAACAUUUGAUAUGUUUGGGGGAGAAAAAAGAAGCAUGUAGAGAUAAAAACAAAAUGAUUCCACACUAUAAACUUAACUCAUUCAUUGCCAACUGUUUUCCAAGCAAAGGAUUUUCAUUAGUAUUUCAGGACACACAGUAUAAUAUUCUGUGACAAUCCAAGCAUCAAAGUUUCUCUUUUUUGGCCAGAAUAAAAGUUUCCUCCUCA